GUCUCCAACAACCUAUCGACGGUCAUAUCUCAACAAGUGCCUAACCUUCAAGAAAACAGAGUUGUAAUACAGCAACCGCAGAUGGCUCCAUAUCCUGUAGAUCAACAAUGUGUUCAACCUCCAUUAGGUCCGCCUUCAGCGAUGGAUCCUCAGUUACCACCUCAACUUGCUCAAGUGCAACGAAUUCCGAUGACUAUGCCCACCACAGUGUCUACUCUACCUACACAGCAGCAGUUGCUGGUUCAACAACAACAGCUACAGCAGUUACAGCAGCAACCGAUGCAGCAGAGGUUAAGUGUCAACCAGCGCCAGCUUCCACCAGGUACGUUAGCUGCGUUGCGUGCUCAAGCACUGCGUAGUCGGUCGCUAUCCGCAACUGCUAUUCAGAGGAAUCAUCCGCAGUUAGCAGCGAAGCUACUCGAAGGCGGAGUAAGAGGUGCUCGCAAUUCGCGCUAUGCUGCUGCGCUUGCGGCGGCAAUCGCUCGGCAAAACCAACCUCUUCCUUGGAAUGCGCCACCAAUUGCACGAAGAACUCCGCCGUCCAGUGAUGAAGAGGAUGUGAGCAAGAACAACAAUGGAAAUAAGGUCAUUCGCCUUCGCAUGAAACGGCAGAGACGACGAAUGGUUGGCAUUUAUCGCGCUAUUCCAGAAAUUGACUCUAUGUGCCGUGCCGUUGAAGAUGCUGACUAUGAUAAAACUGACUUAUUUCCAUUAGGAUUGGAACCCUCUGAUGAUGAGGAUUCCACGUAUCCUUCGUCAUCUGUGCUUCCUACUGCCAGUCUUGCUGUCUCCAGCUAUUCCGGUGAUCUGUCCACGCAGUUGUACCUUAUUAAGAAGCAGUUACGGCUGGAGAGGCAUGCCUUGCUAAAACAGGCGCAGCUUAAUGCUCAUAUAAUGUGCGCUUCGCGAAGACUUCCGCUAAGUGUUGGUGCAGCGUUGCGCCAACGGUCGGAUCCGUCACCACCACCACUUCAGCUGGCGCCAGCAUCCUUGCGAAGAUGUUGCCAACUGGACAGCACGAAUAAACAGCGAUGUGAACGUGCCUGCCUACCGAUGUCUAAUCAUUGUGCGCAACAUGUUCUUUACAAUGUGAAUCAGCGGUUAUUCUCAUUUUGUACGCAGUCAUUUUGUCGUCGACCUGUGAAUUCGAUUGAUGCACUACUUUGGGAUGGAAAAUGUUCUGUUCAUAGGCAGUCCAGAGAGGAUAAAUAUGGGCCAGCUCCACUCUAUGAAACUAGCUCAUUUAUGGGCUCUGCAUCUUCAGUUGGUUCACCGCUUGGCGAUGAAUCAUCUGCAGCCAGUCCAAUGCCUCAAACUGAUCCACGCCAUUUUCUGACCGACACCACUGCACCGAUGGACUGCCAGCUUUCACUAGACGUAUCCCAUUCAUGGGAUGACGUCACCGAAUUUCUCAUGUCGGAGGGGUUUCCGGUGGAUUCGCCUAAUUCUCAGGUUACGCCAACAUAG